AUGUCCAAUGCACCGGAAAAAUGUAUUCUUGCAAUUGGAAAAACGGGCAAUGGAAAAAGCUUUACUGGAAACAUUUUUGGUGCGAAAACAGAAGUCAGUGAUUCAACCAAAUCCGUAACGAAUGAAGUAGCCGUUCAUGAUUGCGGAAAUAACUGUAGAUAUGUCGAUACACCUGGUUUUGAUGAUUCAAAUGAGGGGAAAGAUGAUGCCGAAACCGCUCGCGUAAUUCUUCGUACAAUGCAGAAUAAAGGAAUUACAAAUUUGACCACAAUCUUGUGGUUUGUAGUACCUGACAUCAGAGCAUUAGGUUCGUUCCACCGUCAAGCAAGGUUUAUAGAUACCUUGGCCCAAUACUAUGAUGGAAAUGUGUGGAAUAAUGUCAUUAUCGUGCACAAAGGCCAAAGUAUUCUAAAAGGACCAUAUGACGCAGCUAAAGAAAUAGCUCAAAAGUGUUAUAAAUUAAAACAUGGCAAAUUUCCCGACAAUGACGACGAUCUGCUUAAAAAAACCUCUAAUUUUGCAAUUCUCUUAUUCGAAAGUGAAGAAGUAUCAAAUCUUAUUCGCAUGGGGAAUUUCACAAGUGACGAGUUAAACAGUAAUGGUAUUUUUAAAGAAUCUGAACCAGAGCGAAUCCUUGCAGUGUACGAGUCACUAAUGAAGGAACAUCUCGAGCAUCCAAUCCCUCUCGAAUUUAAAAAUUUCAAGUGCGAGAAGUGUCCCGAAUAUACUGAUCCAAGAUUGGCUGUUGCGGAAUGUCAUUUGGACGGAGAAUUGAUUCACAACAAUAACAAAGUAAUGAUUCAUUUAGGUAAUAAGGAAAUGAGACAUCCGAAAGGUACCCACUGGUGCCAUACCGAAGGAAAAGAAAAAUAUCAUCCUGAUGGAGUUUCAAAGUAUCAUGCUAAUUCCAUACAAGUGUGGAGUCAUAAGAAUUCCGGAAGUUCUAAAAUUCACACUGGCUCGCUUCGUAGUGGUGAGGAGUAUGAAACAAGAGACCAUGGUGCCGGUGCGAAUGCUCUCCGAAUAUUUACCUUUGGUAUUGUCGAUCUUCAUGACACAAAACGUAAUCCUUCUUAUUAUAGUUGUUGUGGUGGUAGUAAAGACUCAUCAGGAUGUACUACCAAGUCCUCGUGUUGCGACAGGAAUCCAGGAUGCGAGUUAAUUUAUACAUGCUGCCAACGUUCAGGCGAAGGUUGCAUUAAUGGACAUCGAUGUUGCAAUAAACCAGAUAAAAGUAUUGGAUGCAAAGAACGUUAUAAAUGUUGUCAAGCUCUCGAACGUUGUACAAAUCUUUAUGAGUGUUGCAAUAAGAAGGUCGGGGAGAAUGGUUGCGAAGAAUUUUACACAUGUUGUAAUAGAGCGGUUAAGGAAUCACAAGGAUGUUAUCCGGUUUGUGAAGACUGCCAUAAAGAACACAGUUCAAAAGGAUGUAAAGAGGUGUGCAAGAAGUGUAAAAUGACUCGAUCUGAAAAUUAUGGGUGCUCAAAAGUACGUCACAAUUUCCCUGUAAAUUUACCACAUCAGCUUUUAUUUUUUAAUACGAGAUAUGUACAUGGAUCAAGUCAAUAA